AUGUUGCCCUUCCACAGGCGCGAGGCCCGUAGCGAACCGGCGCCCCCGCCAACCGACAAGAGUCCCCGUUAUCCGGUUGUGCGGGAGCGUUUUGUGCCGUUUGUGAUUGACUGGGUUAAGGUCUCGUGGCGGGACAUCCUCGCCAUGGCCAUCUUCGGCGCAGCCACCCUCGGUAUCUACAGCGCCCCCUACGCUGCGACCCGAAACUUCCCCAUAACCUUCGACGCCUCGGGCGAUAUCGUUUACCCCCAGUUCGCCUACCCUAACCGUGGCUGGAUCAUCUCCCCGUCCAUAUCCGGUGUCAUCGACACCAUCAUCCCCAUCGGCAUCAUGGCCCUCGCCCAGCUCCGCAUCCGCUCCUUCUGGGACUUCAACAAUGCUGUGCUCGGCCUCCUAUACUCGCUCAUCCUGAGCUCCCUCUUCCAAGUCAUCAUCAAGACACUCAUUGGCGGCUUCCGACCCAUCUUCCUCGACGUCUGCCAGCCCGACCCCUCGCUCGCCCGCGGCCACAACGCAACCGGCCUCAACGGCGUCGGCUUCCAUAGCAUCAUGUACACUAGCGAGAUCUGCACCAACCCGGACAAAAACGCCGUCAAGAACGCCAUGACCUCUUUCCCCUCAGGCCACGCGACCACGGCCUUUGCCUCCUACGUCUUCCUUUUCCUCUGGAUGAACGCCAAGCUCAAAGUCUGGGCCAACUUCCACGCCAGCUUCUACUGGCUGGCGGCGCUGCUCGCCCCGCUCCUCGGCGCCACGCUCAUGGCGGCCUGCCUGACGGUGGACCAGGCGCACAACUGGUACGACGUCUGCGCGGGGGUGGCCAUCGGCACCGUCGUGGCCUUCAUGGUCUACCGCGUCAGCUACGCUGCCGUGUGGGACUGGCGCUUCAACCACAUCCCGCUGCGCCACCGCGCCGUGUUUGACUAUGCCGCCGCCGCCGCCUCCGCUUCCUCCGCCGAGGUGAUGGAGCGGGCCGUGUUUGUGAGGAAGUUAGGGUGGGGCCGGCGCCGGAGGGCGAGGGCCGGUGCGCGUCGUGGCGGGGUGGGGAGGGGGAAGCCCGCGGUGGAGAGUAUGGAGGCGUCCGCUGAUGGUGGCGGGGAUGCGGUGACGUAUGGGAAUGGGAUGGCGUCACAUGGACCGCCGCACGCUGCACUCGAUGUUGGUCACGUGCCUCAUUGGCUCUGCCGAAACUGCUUCAUCUCCGUGUCCUCGCAACGGACUUCCGCAAAGUCGCUUCGAGGACCGCCACCCGCGAAAAGACGAACGAGCAUUCGAAAAAUAAGGGAGAGGUUCAUCGGCGAGAGGCGAUCGAGACCAGGAAGCUUUUGUGAAAGUCGGGCGGCACUGCAAAGGGACUGCAAGAUGGCGGCGGAGGCGCAGCCCCAAAUCGUGGUCGAGGUGGCCGACCAACCACCUUCGCCGAGACGACCGAGCCGCGCGUUGAAACCGAGCGCGAAAGCUCGCGAAGCCAUGCAAUCGCUCGAGGACGUGGCUACCACGUCGAGGAGAGCGGCGAGCGAGACCACGCGGGCGGUUACGACGCGAGGAGCACGCGCGUCUGGGAUUUUAUAUGGAGCCAACAGCCGGAUCGAGACGGGGAAGUCAGGUAUACAGAUGCUCCUGGAGGCGAUCAACGAACAACGAGACGAAAUGUACCGAAUGAUUACCGAGCAGCGAAACACGAUUGGCGAACUACGCGAGGUGAUUUGCAAGCAGCACGACGCGAUUCAAGAACUACAUCGCCAACUUGCAGACACCAGGACCCAGCUUUCUGAAGAACUGAGACAAGCGCGGGAUCAGAUUGAUACCCUUCAACGCCACCCGGUAGCCAUGGCUUCGUCCCAACCAAGCGCAAGAGGGUCAUACGCCGAAGUCGCUCGCACCCCACCAUCAAGCCAGCCAAGCGGUGUGCGCACCCUCUCCUCGCGAAACACGACGCCUUCAUCCUUUACCGACACGUUGUUCUGUACGAUCGAUACAUCUAGGGUGGAGGAGAAAGAGAAGGGAAACGUCCAGGUGGCGGACAUUAGAAAGGCAAUCGAGACAGAGGCCAGGGCACAGGAAAGCAUGAAAGACUGGCGUUGCGCUGCGGUUGUGAAGGAGGCCCGAAACCCGGACCGAGUCAGAGUAAUUUGCAGGGACGAAGGCCGAGCGGUCCUCGAUGCGGACGGAAACAUCCUGCCGGGAGCCGCAGAGGCGCUAGGGACAGAGAACGACGUCAACAUUGCGAAGAUUGCCUGGCUCAGCAGGAAGGAUACAAGCAAGGCCUACGGCUCGAUGGUUGUCUACGUGACGAAGGGCAGCGAAGCAAGGCGACUUCUAGACGGGCGUUACUUCCAUCUCGCCGGAGAAUCCGCUUACACGACCGUCUUCGCGCCCCGGGAAGGCCCAAUCCAGUGCUACAGAUGCCAGGAGAUCGGCCAUAAGGCCUUCGCCUGCAAAAAGCCGCAAAGAUGCGGAAGGUGUGCGGAACAGGGUCACCACCACAAGACGUGUCAGUCCGUGGUCCUGAAGUGCGUGCUAUGCAGAGGACCACACGAGUCAUUUAGCAAGAACUGUCGGCAGAGUCUGCUAAACGACGAGGGACUCAAGGACUUCGCAGUGCUGGCCAUCUCCGAACCAUAUGCCAGGCUGAUCGAAGGCUCGGUGACGACGGUCCCAAUGAGUCAUCACAACUGGACGAAGCUUAUACCAACGACAAGACGAGAAACCACGUGGCCAAUUCGGAGCAUGCUAUGGGUACGAAGCGAUAUAGAGGUCGAGCAGAUUCCAGUGCCGUCGGCAGACCUCACCGCAGCACGCAUUCGGCUCCCAGAUCGGGCAGUGCUGAUGGUGUCAGUGUAUGUGGAGGGUGGUAGUGACGAAGCACUGGAAGAUGCAAUGAGGGAAAUUGACCGACUGAUUAGGAGGUUUCGAAACGGAACAGGGACGAGAACGGAUAUCAUCCUGGCGGGCGAUUUCAACCGCCACGACCAGCUUUGGGGAGGGGACGAUGUCUCACCACGGAGACAAGGCGAGGGAGACCGCAUCAUCAACCUCAUGGACGAACACUCCCUCUGCAGCCUCCUCCCAAGAGGCACGAAGACGUGGCAGUCAGGCGACAUUGAGAGCACAAUCGACCUGGUACUGGCCUCUGCAGAACUAGCAGACCAACUACUCAGAUGCGCGAUUCACCCCUGCGACCAUGGCUCAGACCACAGAGCAAUCGAGACAGCUUUUGACACCUCGGUGGAGGACCGUCCCAGUGAGACGAGGUUCCUCUUCAAGAACGCGCCCUGGGCGGAAAUUAGGACUAGGGUGGCAGCAAACCUCGAACGCAUCCCCUGGGACGGCAAUGUCCAGCAGCAGACGGACAGGCUCAUGGCAGCGGUAACCGAGGCGGUCUACGGCCUGACACCUAAAGCCAAACCCUCACCAUACGCCAAGCGGUGGUGGACAACGGACCUGACACGGCUUCGCCAGACAUACACGUUUUGGAGAAACCAGGCGAGAUCUCGACGUAGGAUUGGGCAAACAGCACCAGAGCUCGAACAACGAGCCAGGAUGGCAGCCAAAGAGUACCACGACGCCAUCCGCAGACAGAAGAGUUCGCAUUGGAACGACUUCCUGGCCGAUGACGCUAACAUCUGGCAAGCAACGAAGUAUCUGCAAACCGGCAGCGGCACGAUGGGCGAUAAGAUACCCCCGCUCGUCCGACCCGAUGGCUCCAUCACGGAGGGUAAAGCAGAACAAGCGCAGGAGUUACUCACCGCCUUCUUCCCACCUUUGCCAGCGAGAAUCGAAGACGAGGGCCAACGACCUCAACGGGCGCCGGUACACAUGCCAGACCUAACAAUGGAGGAGAUAGAACAAAAGGUCCUGUCCGCUAAGCCAUGGAAGGCGCCCGGGGAAGACGGUCUACCGGCAAUGGUAUGGAGACAGCUCUGGCCAGUGGUCAAAGACAGGGUGCUCCAUUUAUUCCGGACGUCGCUUCGAGACGGCGACAUCCCCAGCCAGUGGAGGAAUGCCAAGAUCAUCCCAUUGAAGAAGCCAGGGAAGAGCGAAUACACUCUAGCCAAGUCCUGGAGACCCAUCUCGCUGCUCUCCACGCUGGGUAAGAUACUGGAGGCAGUCAUUGCGGAGCGUUUAUCCCAUGCUGUGGAGACCUGCGGCCUUCUACCCGCCAACCACUUCGGAGCCAGGAAGAGACGCUCGACCGAACAGGCUCUCCUUCUGCUUCAGGAACACAUCUACAAAGCAUGGAGAGCUAGGAAGGUGCUCAGUUUGAUCAGCUUCGAUGUCAAGGGCGCAUACAAUGGGGUCUUCAAAGACAGGCUUCUCCAGAGGCUCAAGGCAAGAGGGAUACCUGAACCCCUGGUCAAGUGGAUCGACGCCUUCUGCUCCAAGCGCACAGCGACCAUUGCCGUAAACGGGUUCACAUCUGGACGGCAAGAGCUGCCCCAAGCGGGUCUUCCGCAAGGAUCGCCGCUGUCUCCAGUGUUGUUCCUCUUCUUCAACGCCGACCUAGUGCAGCACAAGAUCGACGCGAACGGAGGCGCAAUUGCCUUCGUGGACGACUACACUGCCUGGGAACAACCGUUCUCGGUCAAAGGCGAAGUGGUCAAACCGAAGGAAAGUGCGAAAAUCCUAGGUGUCGUGAUGGAUCGCGAAGUCCGCUACAAGCAGCACAUUGCUAGGACGGCAGCUAAGGGCCUCGCAGCCGCUCUGGCCCUGAAGAGGCUGAAGAUGCUUUCCCCGCGGACAGCGAGGCAGCUAUUUGUUGCGACAGUAGCCCCGGUCAUGGACUACGCUGCCAAUGUCUGGAUGCAUGCGUGCGGGGAAAAGGCACUGAGCUGGCUGAACAGGGCGCAGAAGAUCGGGGCCCUGGCCAUCACGGGAGCCUUUCGAACCGCGGCAACAGCCGUGGUGGAAGCUGAAGCGAGCAUCUACCCCGUACGAGAACGACACGCCCAGGCAGCAGCCAGUCUGUGGAUCAACAUCCACACGCUGCCCGGAACGCAUCCCCUUGCGAUGAAGAAAGUCCGGACCACCGUACGAUUCGUAUCUCCGCUGCAGAAAAUUGCCCGUGUGGCCGAAGGAGUACGAGUUGACCGGAUGGAGACAAUCCAGGAAUACGCCGUCCCGCCCUGGGUACCUCGCCUACGACCGACGCUCGAAGCCGAUCGAGGGAAGGCGGCCGAGAUGGUCAACAAAAUUUCGGGAAUCGUGAUCGCAACCAGCUCAUCCGUAAAGAAGGGCAUUGUGGGCAUGGGCGGCCUUGCACGGGAUACUCUCUUCAACAGAACUAGCGAGACUGUGACAAACUAUGCUGUUGUUCUUGGGACAAGGGAAGAGCAGAACCCAUAUACAGCAGAGCUAGCAGCCAUCGCAAUGGCCCUGGAGAAGUUACCGGCUAGCAUCUGCCACAGGCACAUCACCGUGAUCACUAGGAACCAGUCAGCGCUGGCAGCAGUUGGACAGCCGCGGCAGCAAUCCGGCCAAAGCAUCAUACGGCAAAUCUACGACUUGGCCAGGCUGCACCGACAAAGAGGGAACUCGGUCAACUUUCUGUGGAUACCAGCGGAGAUUGACUUCGCGCUGGGGUCAGAUGCCAAGGCAGCAGCCCAGAGAGCGUCGAAGCAAGGACGCACACCCGACUCCCAAAUACCCCAGGCCAAGUCUACCGCGAUGAGGCUGGCAAUGGAAAGACAACGGGCGACAAGAGUUCUACCUGUAAGCGUGGGCAAGUUCUCAAAGGCCAUGGACGCAGCACUACCAGGCAAGCACACGCGCCAUCUCUAUGACAAGCUGAAGCGAAGGGAGGCCUGCGUAUUGGCGCAGCUCCGAACCGGAAUGGCGAGACUGAACGGUUUUUUAGAGCAGGAUUGGGGCGGUCGAGUCAGACCUUUGUGCCUGUGGACAAGCGAGGGAAUCAGUGGAACACUUUCUUUUCCGAUGCGUGAAAUGGGACAGCUCUCGAGGGAAGACAUGCUGCAAUGCACAGGGGCAAGACAGAGGAAGCCUCUUCGUUCUAUCUGGGAGGGAAAGCGCCAUUCAGAUACAAGGCAUUGGUCACCAGAUAUGAAGGCAGUCCGGGCGACGAUCAAAUACGCAAUGGCAACAGGAAGGCUGGAGCUGAAUGAGGAGGAGAGUCUAGACCAGUCACAGUAG